AUGAAUGGUAACAUUACAGAGUUUCUGUUGAGAAAUUUUGACGGUUUGCGGUCGAGAGAGCAGUCUUCGGCUACAUGGAUUGGGUUUCUUGGUGAGGAAGAAGUGGCGUGCUUCCCAGAACCGCGAAACUCCACAAGUGCUGGUAGAACAAUGGGUCAUUGGACUGUGUUGGUGUACCUUGAGUAUGUUGGGAUGGAUUUUGGGGUUUGGACUGAACUUUGUUCCAUGUCUCGGACAACUUCCCAAGGCCUUGGACUCUAUCGCCAUCAACCUUAUAAUUGUCUCAUUCGUCAGCCAUUAUUGAGCACACUGCAAGAAGCGUCUCCAACAAAAGCUAUCCGUGACUUGACGCCGGUAGAAGCAUGGUGCGGAAUCAAACCUAAAGUUCAACAUUUGAGAGUAUUUAGUUCCGUGGUCUAUGUACACAUUCCGGUGGCCACUCGAACAAAACUUGAUGAUUGUGAAGAAAAGACUAUCUUUGUGGGUUAUGCGCAUAGUGGAUACAAAGUUCUUAACCCAACAACAAAUAAAGUCAUCAUCAUUAGAGAUGUCAUUUUUAUGGAGGAUGAAACAUGGAGUUGGAGUUUGCCUCAAGUCACUCAAAGUCGGCCUGUUGAAUUAUUUGAAGGUGCUUCUGAAGGUGGAAUUCAUAGUAUGGUUGAAGAAACUACACAAGCCAAUACUUUCAAUGUAAGGCCGACACAAGCCAAUACUUUCAAUGAAAGGCCAAGGUGUCAGCGACAACUUCCAGUCACACUACGUGAUUAUGAGGUGAAGGCAAAUGUAGAAGUAGAAAGGUAUAAGGCGAGGUUUGUGGCGAAAGGCUAUGAACAAAGGCCCGGAUUCGACUUUCAAGAAGUAUUUGCACCUGUAGCUCGAAUGGAGACGAUAAGGUUGUUGAUAGCCUUAGUUGCGCAAAAUUUUUGGAAUAUACAUGAAAUGGAUGUAGAAUCCGAAUUUUUGUACGGCCCACUUCAAGAGGAGAUUUAUGUGAAGCAGCCUUCUGGCUUUCAAUCGCAUGGAAGUGAGCAAAAUGUGUAUAAAUUGAAGAAGGCCUUGUAUGGACUCAAACAAGCCCCGCAAGCAUAG